AUGUCCAACACUUGUUCGGUUUCACCCGGUCAUGUUCGAACAGAACGGGUGGUUAUUUUUGGUGACCUUUCAAGCAACCAGCUUUCAGGCAGCAUCCCUGCCAGUGUCAGUGCUCUUUCUCAACUCACCACCCUGUAUCUCUAUAAAAAUCAGCUUACUGGCUCCAUCCCUGCUGAAAUUGGUUCCAUGACCAAACUUGAAUACGUGUCACUCGCCAACAAUCAGCUCAAUGGUGCUGUCCCUGCUGCCAUUGCCUCCCUCACAAAAUUGGCGUUCUUGUAA